ACUGUUUGACUGAUGAGUAUUUCAUCGAAAGCAAAAACAAGAAAGUAAUGAUCUGCUUUGAUGACUCAACUUAAUGAGAUUUAAACCAAUUUUUUACAUUAAACAUAAUUUGGAUGUUAUGACUCGAUAAUUAUUUAAUACUCAGUAGCUUCAAAAUGGUUGGAAAAAUUGAACUAAACGAAUGUCUUCGAGAUUCUCCAAAAUUCAGGAGUUUAUUGGAGGAAGAGGAACUAAGUGUAGAUCAAUUGGAAAAUAAGUUGGAAAAAAUUUUAAAAGUAUGUGGUUCUAUGGUGGAUUCUGGAAAAACAUAUGUCGGCCAACAAAGCUUGUUUGCCAAUAGUUUGUGGGACCUGAGUACCCAUUUCAAAGAAGAUCCUAUGGUAUUAUCGUCGUUAAACAAACUGAUUCAUAGCCUUCAAGAAAUGAACAAGUUUCAUACUAUCUUAUUAGAUCAAGCGUCCAGAACGAUUUUGAAAAAUCUUACAUCUUUUAUUAAGAACGACAUAAAGCAGGUAAAAGAUUAUAAACAGCAUUUCGAGAAAAUAUCUACAGAAUAUGACAACGUUCUAUUAAGAAAUUCACAUACGCCACGUAGCAAACCACAAGAAGUCGAAGAAAUUCAAAACGUACUAGUGGCAGUUAGGUCUUGCUUCGGUCAUCAAACUUUAGACUAUGUUAAUAGUAUCAGUGUGUUGCAAUCGAAAAAAAGGCACGAGAUAUUAAGCACAUUAUUGUCCUAUAUGCACGCCUGUACGACAUAUUACCAUCAAGGCUCUGAUUUAUGUGCAGAUUUGGAGCCAUUUUUUAAAACUUUAGCAGACGAGAUAGGUACAAUGAGAAGUGAAACUUACAAGAUACAAAAAGAACUGGAAAAUACCCAUUCGAUAGUAUCUAAUGUUGAACCUUUUUUAUUAACCAAUGAAAAAAAUCAUCCAUCUAUGGAAGGAUAUUUAUUUAAAAGGACCUCAAAUGCUUUUAAAACGUGGAACAGGCGAUGGUUUUAUCUGUAUGAUAAUAAAUUAGUAUAUAGGAAAAGGUCAGGAGAAGAACAGGAAACAGUAAUGGAAGACGAUUUAAGAUUGUGUACCGUAAAACCAGUAGUCGAUGGUGAACGAAGAUUUUGCUUCGAAGUAUUGUCACCACUUAAAAGCCACAUGUUGCAAGCUGAUACUAAAGAAAUGUACGAUUGUUGGAUAACAGCUUUGCAGAAAGGAAUCGGUGCAGCCAUCCAAAGAGUUCAAAGUAUGGAUUUCGAUAGAUUGAAAACUGGUGAUGAUAACAUCUUACCAUAUACUAACAACAUUUCUGGUAAAUACCAAAGACAAGGUGAUAACAACAAUCGUACUAAAAAAAGGAUGUGGGAGCAACUAUUGAAAAUACCUGGAAAUAAUGUUUGCUGUGAUUGCAGAAGUCCAAACCCACGAUGGGCUAGUAUCAAUUUAGGAAUAACUUUAUGUAUCGAAUGUUCUGGUAUCCAUAGAGGUCUAGGAGUACACUACAGUAAAGUUAGAUCAUUAACUUUGGAUGAUUGGGAACCAGAAGUUAUUAAAGUAAUGGUAGAAUUAGGAAAUUUGGCGGUAAAUAAAAUAUACGAAGCUAACGUACCCGAUAAUACGAACAGACCUACUGAACAAUGUCCGGGAGCCGUACGAGAAACUUUCAUAAAAGCCAAAUACGUGGAUAAACUAUUCGUGAAAUCGUUACCUACUUUCAAUAAAACGUCUCCUUCUUCGACCAGAAGCUCUCCGUCGAAUAGAAAUUCGCGUCCCCCGAGCCUUAUGGAAGUUAGAAAAUGGAGCGUUCGUAAAUUACGUCGAAGACCUCGAAGUUGUGAUAAAAAAGACAAGAACGGUUUGAAAUCGAUGAAGGUUUCUAAGAAAAUUGACAAAAUUACAGAAACUGGUGAGACGUGUAGUAGCAAAGAUGAAUAUAUGAAUAAUGAAUCUUCUAAAAGAAAUAGUUUAAAAAGUAGAAGUAGCGUGUUACUUUUUGGUAACGAUUUAGAUAAGCAGCCAAUGGAAGAAGCCAUUGAUUUAAGUAGUGACCAGGAAUCUACUGGAGGAGAAGAGGAAAAUGAGACUGUUGGAGAAGAAGAUAUUUCUAAACUACAACCAGAUUUAUUAUUGUACAAAGCGGCCGCGGCCCAUAACUUGCCAGUGAUGUGUGAAGCUUUAGCCUUAGGUGCCGACAAAUCUUGGAUAAAUCCGGAUGACAGGGGUAGAAAUCCCCUUCACGCAGCAGUAUUUAGUGGAUCUGUGAUGCCUUGUGCCUAUUUAAUUCUCAACGGUGCGAAAAUCAACGCUCAAGAUCAAGACGGAAAAACUCCUCUUCAUAUAGCCACUCAAGAAGGUCAUACGGCGCAGGUGUGUUUAUUUUUGAAACACCGAGCCAAUCAACAUUUAGAAGAUGACGAAGGUAAAGUCCCGCUCUCUAUAGCCGAACAAAAGGAAAACGCCGAUAUUGUAACGUUGCUACGGUUAGGUAGAUUAAAUGAAGAAAUGAAAGAUUCCGAAUUGGGAGUAACGGGCGACGAUACAUUCAACGAUGUAGUCCGCGAUUUCUCACGAUUAGCGUAUUCUCAUCCAGAAAAAUUGCAGAGACCAAAAAUCGAAGAAGACAACAACGGUUAAUCUGUUUCAAGUUUUUUUUAACUUAUUAUAUUAAUAAAGUAUAUUAACGCUAGUUGUUAGUUUGUAGAAGAUGCGGACCUCCAAGGGUUUCCUAGUAUGACGAAGACCAAUUUUUUACAUCAUGUUUGAAGGUACUAUUCCAGGUAGUCCAGGUGUUUUUGGUCGUUUCUCCCCCAUCUGCCCGUACAGUCCUUCUUCUAUGGUUUUUUCCUCUAAUUUAACUUUUACAUCACCAAAUCUUAUUAUGCUGUCAAUGUUUUUUCCAAGAAACAGUGGAGAUAAUGAGAACCAGUUUUCCAGUUUUAUGUAAUCGUAGUGUGUUUGGUCGUUUCUUGUUCCUCUUCUGUUCUACUGUUUUUUUUUUCAUAUUUUCUUCUAAUUCCUUUAUUAUUUCUCCAAUUUUUCAAAUGCCUCGAAUUUUAUUUCCUAGGAAUUUCAGUGAUGAAGAUCAGUUGUUAAAGUAUGUUUUAGGUGAUAGAGAUAGGUGUGUUGGUUUUUUAUCUUCCUCUUCAAUUUUCUGCCCUCUUUUCCUGUCCCUUUCCAUAUAUUUUUUUUAAUUUCAUUAUAAACUCGCCAGUUUUUGACAUAAUUUCAACUUUAUUAUCUAAGAACAUUUGGAAGGAUUAAGAACAAUUUUCAUACUGUGUUCUAAAUGAUAGAAGAUGGUGUGACGGGCCCUUUUGGUUCCUCUUCUACCCACAAAGUCUCUCCAGCUCUUACUGUUGUUUCUUUUUCAUAUUUUCUUUUAAUUUUCUUACAAAAUUCCCAACUUUUGACAUACUUUAAAUUUCAUUUACUGGGAAUACUUGUGAUGAUAAAUACAAGCUUUUGAAUCAUGUUUUAGGUUAUAGAGCUAGGUGUGUUGAGUCCUUUUUGCUCCUUUCCUGUCCACAAUGUCUCUUCGCUCUUUACUGAUGUUGCUUUUUCAUAUCUUCUUCUAAUUUUCUUAUGAAAUCAUCAAUUUUUCACAUACUUCUAAUUUUAUUUCCUAGAAAGACUUGAGAUUAUGGAGAACAGGUUGAUUCUUUUUUGUUCUGUUUCCAAAAGGUCUCUCUGCUGUUUUUUCCUGUUCCUUUUUCAUAUAUUUUCCUAAAACCGCUAAUUUUUGACAUAAUUUCAACUUUAAUACCAAAGAACAGUUGGAAAGAUGACGAACAAUAUUCAUACUGUGUUCCCAGUGAUAGAGGUGGGUGUGUUGGGUCUUUUUGAUUCCUCUUCUGUCCACAAAGUCUCUCCCAUUCUUAUUGCUGUUCCUUUCUCAUAUUUUCCCCUGAUUUUCUUAUAAAACAAAUCCAUUUUUGACAUUUGUUCAUCUUUUUUCCAGUUGAAAAGAUGAACAGUUUUCAUAAUAUGUUCUAAGAGAUAGAAGCAGGUUUGUUUUUGUUCUUCUAGUGUCCACAAUGUCUCCAUUCUCUACUCCUGUUUCUUUUUUGUAUCUUAUUCUAAUUUUGAUUUUAUAUAACCAAUUUCUGUUAUGCUUUCAAUUUUAUUCCAUAGAAAAAGUUUAUGUGACUGAGACUAGUUUUGAUAUUGUACUAUCGUCGUUUUUUUCUAUCUACAAUAACAUGAUCCCUUCUCUUUGCUCUGGCCCAUCAUGUGAGGUCCAGAAUGUUCAUUAUGUGCAGAUAAAUAAAAAGUCAUAGCUUUUAUAAUAAUUCUAUGCCAUUUCCAUAUAUAUCUUUAGUUUAGACUCGUAAUUCAGCGAUGACUUUCUUCAAUAAUCCCUAGUCAAUGGUGGUCAGUUCUGGAGAAUAUGGUGGGUGUGUAACUGAUUCAAAGUUCAAUUAUCAUCAGUUUUAUCGACUUGUUUUUUCUUCUGCAUAUGCCACAGUUUCUUGUCUUUUAGGGGAAUAAAUAUUAUGUCAAAACGUUUACUCAUUCCUUUCCAUAAGUUGAGAAUCGAUCUUGUGUUUUCUACGAGGGUUUUUUAAGAACAGUUGGGAUGAUUUAGACCAUUUUUCAUUGGUCCAAGGAGUCAAGUCCCAUUUCCACUGUCUUUUUUUGUUUCCAGCAUGUUUUACUCUUCAAAAUGUUCAAUGCAUAUAAAAAAAUAAUGAGACGUUAAAGUUUGGUGGCUCCUUACUGCGUUUUGUGAAUCAAAGUAUGUCAAUUCUGAGGAAUUGAAUUUUGUAAUGUAAUGAUUCCAGAUUUUUGUCCAAAAAAGCACUAGCCAUUUUGAAGUUUGUUUUCAAUUUAGAAAAAUUUCUCUGAAAUAUAUUUAAAAUGUGAGGUUUUAAAAAAUUGAAUUUCAUUUUUUCUGAAAAGGUCCUUUUUGGUUAAAAAAAAGAUUUUGAAAAAUUAUUUCAAAAUAUGUAUCGAAAUCAAAAAAUAAAAAUCCUUUUGUUUUUCAAAAAAACCUAUUUUCAAAGUAGAAUAAAAAAGUUUUAUAUCUUGAAACCUUCCUUUUUUUCCUCUUUCACGUUUUUUGUACUACAUUUUUUGAAAAAAAAAAUUUUUAUUUUUUUACUUUUAUAGACAGUUGUUCUUAUUUUGAUGAAGGUAACUUGGUUGUCACACAGAACCUUCACAAAAAUGAAAACUCUCGUUACAUUUUAAAUAAUUAUUUUCCUAAAAAAUUCUAAAACAGUAACUUUCUAAUCAUCUGUUCAAGCUAUUAAAAAAAAAUUGAUACUUGUAACAAAUUUUUUCGAAAUUAAUUGUAACAUUGUCCAAUGUCAAUAAAAGUGCCUUUCUUUUGUAAACAUAAUCUGGAUAUAAAUACUUUAAACAUUGAAAGUAUAUAACACGAUUUUCUAAACAGAGGAUUUGAACUAAAGGCGGCUACUGCUUUCGAAUAUGCCUCUAGAGACGUUGUUGUAGAGUGAGGUCUCUAAAAGGUCAUGUCAGUGGUAACUUUAAUGUAUAAUCACCAGUUCUUCGUGAUGAUUUGUCUUGAUUUUAGGUCGCUUUGCUAUUAAAAUCAGUUUAAAAUAACAGGUAAAGGUAUUUAUCAUCAUGAAAUCAUCACGAAAAUAAAUAAAAAUUUGAAGAAAAUCACCAAUUUUUCACUAACUACUGGUUUGAUAUGUUUGUCUUGUGUCUGAUAAAAAGGAACUGUCUUCUUAGGUUACCAGGAUUCUAUUUAUAUUUAAAUUGUUCUUCACACUUCAAGAAUACCUUCCACUUAACGCCCGAUGUACUAAAACUCCUAUUCCAUUAACAAUAAAAGGAAAAUGGCGUUUACUGAGGGCUUACCAUAAGGCGGUAUGAUAAAAACCAAUGUUUCACAUGAACUGGAGUAACAUUUAAUUCGACAUAGAUUCCCAUGAAUUUAUGGUUGAGUUUUUCUCUAAAUUCACUCUCAGUCUCAUGUGGAACACCAAAAACUGUAUUGAAACUGUUGUGGGUGUUAAGUGGAACGUACCAGAGACCCCACUCACUGUGUAACCAACUAGUGAACAUUAAAAUUGUAGCCCUCAUCAGAUGACAUUACAUUGUUGCUAAAUUUAUUACACUGUUUACAUUCAUAUAUUUGUUUGUAAAAUUUAGAUAUUUUUUUUUGUUUUUUUAAACGUGUAUUUGAAAACCUUAACAGCGAAAAUAAAAUGAAAUCACCUUGUGCCAAAAAAUAUAUUAUAUGCAUAUAUUAUUAUGCCUCUCAUUUAGGAAAAAAUGUCAUUUUAUUAUAAUUUUGGAAUUAAUUAUUAUUUUAUUUAAUAUUUUAUUUUGAAUAUUAUAAUGAAUUGUACACAAAAUAAUAGUAAAAUUUUGAAAUGUAACUAAUUUUGACAUUUCAUGUAUAUCUCUGUUUUCUUUAAAUUUCCUUGCGGCACUUCAGGCCUACGACUAAAUUUUUUACAAUUAAAAAAAUUACAUUAUAUAUAUAUAUAUAUAUAUAUAUAUAUAUAUAUAUAUAUAUAUAUAUAUAUAUAUUUAAGCUCUGUUUUAUUCUUCUUCCACUACUCGUUUCAGUCCUCUGUUCUUUCUCUCCACACUUUUCUCAAAUCUGAUUUUACCUAUUCUAUCUAUAUCUUUCUCCGCAUGCCUCUUCUUCUUCUUGAUUCCCUCUCCCUUCAUUUGUGUUCUUUUGGCGAUUCUGUUUGCAUUCAUUAUGAAAACUUGCCCUCAUCCUUCCACCUAAGUUUUCCGUCGCAUUUCCAUGUAUUUAGUCUUUUCACCAUGAGGUCAAAUCUUUUUGAUUCCUUCUCCAAUUCCCCACGGGAUCUGGCUUGUAAUACAACAUCUGCAUAUGCUAAAAUUUGAUGUUUUCCGUGAUAGAUCAAACCUUGUGUGUGUAUUUGCGCUUUCUUCAUGAUUACUUCCAACGCGAGGUUAAAAAAUGGAGUGACUAAAAGGUCUCUCUGCUUCAGUCCUCUUUUCUGAUAGCCUUACUUCAGACAGCACAUUUCCAUCAUUCUUAUCAGUUUUCUAGGGACACAUAAAGCCUCAUACAACUUUGUCCUCUAUUCUUCUUCUUAAUCUAUGAACAGUACGUGUAGUAAUAGAUUUUGGUCUUGAUUAUCGUUUUUGAAGGUUUUAAGGUAAAGAUCUGGUCCUCUGUGCUUGAUGUUCACCGACUUCUUGGAUAUGGAUUGGCCAAAAUUUUGUUGGUCACAUCCAGUAAUGCUAUGCCCGUGUAGUUCUCGCAGCAGGUCUCGUCACCUUUCUUAUAGAUAGCAGCGUUGUUCCAAUAAUUCCGUAUCAUAGAAAUUCUAAAGCCUUGGUCUUGAUUAUUACUCUGUAUUGUUUUUAACAUAGGAAUCUAAUCCUUUGUUCUUCGUACAAUGUUCUUAUGGAUUCUAUAAAAUGUUUUACAAUUUUUGCUUCUUUUUUCUCCAAUAUAUCCAAUAGUUGAGACAGAUAUAUCUUUCCUUUUGCAAAUUAUGUGAUUUUUUCCAAAAUGAGCUGAUAAUAUCUCACUUUGAUAUGGUGGGUCAAAUGGAAUGAUGAACUGAGACAUGCAUUCAGUUCACGGUAUUUCAAUACAAAAAUAAAAUGAAAAUCGGAAAUCUUAAUUACUAGGCAUUAAUCAAACUUUUCAAUCAUUCGUCAAAUGAUUUACUAUUUCUGUAAAGCAAAAGUUGGUGUUGCAUCGGUAAUUAAUAUUUGAAUUUUCUACUACUUCAUACUUUUCUUCUAAUGUCGAUCAAAUUUUCCACUUUUUCCGAAAAAAAUCUCAUAAAAACGUGUAUUUCUACUAAAUUUAUGAAAAAAUGCUGUCAAUAAUUUUUUUUUUAAUUAUUAUGUGUACAAAUCAUUAUAGUAGGUACACCCUGUAUAGUCCUUUUUUGUAUUUAAUACCUAUAUUUACCAAAUAGUUGUUUACAUUCCGUUGCU